AUGUUUGAGAGCAAGCUUCAAGUUGCGACGAAAAGCUGGGUUAGUCGAUUACGUCCGUACAUCCAGUCAAUUUUUACAGACGUUCGGGUGACAUCCCAGUGUGCCGAAGAAUUCCGUUCCUUUCUGCAGGACUUAGUACAAAUGAAGACUUGGGCAUUCGAGAUGUUUGACGCUAGUGGAAAACCACCAGGAGGACUACUAGAAGGAACAGUGACUGCUUUUGGAUCCUUUGACCAAUGUCUUCGCAUCUGGGUACCAAAACGUUAUCUGGGUCCGAAUAAUGGCGUGAUGCAGGGCCAAUAUUGUUCAGUUCAUUUCCAACCUCCUUUACCAUCAAGAGAGCGAUAUGAUACAGCUUUAAAAACAUUUGAUCUUUUUAGCAACAUUUCGUCCAAAGAUAACCUAUUGUACGAGUUAGGCCAACAUGCUCAAUACUUCACUUUCAUAGCCUACAGGUUUGGCAUUUGUGUACCAUCAUCAUGCACAAGAGAAGAUGUCACUAAAGUAGCCAAAAAGAUUGGAGAACACCUGGACUUCGAAGCUCAUGUGAUUCGCUGUGAAACCAAAAAACCGUGGAGACUGGACUGGGUGCAGAUUUUUGUCUGUAUGAUGCUUCUUCUUGUGUGCUGGUUGGUUGGCACAGGCACAGUGAUAGAUUUGGCACUCAGGAACAGAUCGUCUGUUGACACAUUUUCGCCAAUGCCACAAAGAUCCAUGAUUAAAAUUUUGCUGGCAUUUUCUCUGUACACGAAUGGGCAGAAGUUGCUGGACACUAGUACAUCAUCUGACCACUUGAAGGCGUUGCAUGGAAAAAUUAUACAAGCUCAACAUCCCGCUUUUUAUUUUCCACAGAUACUGGAGUGCUUAGAACAUACCUGGUAUAUCGGAAACGAUAUGGCUUUUCAUAUCAUUUCUUUGACUGUUCUUAUUCCUCUGGUCAGGAAUGCGGCGAAAGGGAUGAUGAUAAACUGUGUUUUGAUCCUUGUGUCUGUAACCUUCAGCGGAUUGAUCACAGCGAUCCGUCAUUAUCCUCCGACUAUGUUUUUCCCUAUUUUAAACAGACAAGCUGAAUUGCAGUUGGCGAAUGAGGUAUACUUCAAUCCCUUGAACCACCUUGCGCCCUAUUGUGUUGGCCUCACAGUUGGCUACCUGAUUAAUAAACGUCAGGGCAAGACUCUUAGUACGUGCAAGACACAGGACAAGAGUAGUGAACACCUGUUGUACCCUGAUUUUUCAACAGUACUCACUGAGUUUGAGCAAACUGGUCACCCAGCUGUAACCUUUUUAUCAAGAUUUCAUACUAAGCUACUCUUCGGAUGGAUAUUGACCAUAAUGUUGAUGCUUAGUACCAUCUUCGGGAUUUAUAAUCACGUGGCUGGCUACACAAAAUUCUCAACAGCAGCCUCAUCUCUCUAUGCAGCACUACACAGAUUAUUCUGGGCCGCGGGAGUAUCCUGGGUCAUAUUCGUUUGUUCUACAGGAAAUGGAGGCCUUAUAAACACAUUCCUGUCGUGGAAGGCUUUCGUCCCGCUUUCAAGAUUGGCCUAUAUGACAUAUCUUUCCCAUCUCUGUUUGCUAUGGUUGUAUGUUGGAAACAUCCGAGAACGGGUCUAUGCUGGUCAUCUAACAACCAUGUGCACGUUUCUGGGUUGUCUUGUAUUUUCUUUCGUGUUCUCUUUCAUAUGCGCUCUGGGAGUUGAAGCCCCAUUCAGAAAUCUUGAAAAAAUGAUUGUUUCCAGUGUUUUUCAAAGAGAAGAAAACAAUGUUCUAAAAGAAAAGAAAAAUGAUCCAAACAACUUUGAAAUCGUCCCAUGAAACCUUUCCUCCUUCAGAUACAGAUUAAUAGGACGUGCGUUCGAGCGAUUCAGUGUACUCCAUUGAUUCGUCUCAACAAAAAAAUUUCACGACUGUCUUAAAAAGAAGAAUUAAGUUUUCAGUAAUUUCCAGUAUGCUUUAUAAAAUGUUUAUUAACUACUAUAGAGUUUUGCUGGAGUUUGUAAAUUUAAAAUAGGUUCAUUAAGUAAAAGAAGGUAACUUUCAAAAACACAUACCUUCAAGGAUUAUUUGUAAAACUGAUAUCCUAAACCAGAGAAACCUUGUACUUCUAGAUCUUUUGAAUGACUAAUAUGCUUACCUACGUUAAAGGAACGUGUAUGUUAAUAUUUUUCAAUGGUAUUUGCAGCAUCUGUUAUGCCAGUAAUGAUAUAGUUCUCACAAAGGUCUUGGAGAUAAGGAACCCAAAUUUACAGCUUCGACUUGGACGUUCUUUUACAUUCGUGUCUGUUAUUUAUUUUCGUACUGUCUAAAAACCUCCAACAGUAAAUAUCGAAAGAGAAACUAGCUCUUUUAUGUUGAUUUUAUGCAACAUUAUAAAAAUGAAAAAUAAUUAGUUUACAAAAGAGUAAUUAUAUGCCACAUUAA